AUGGAAUGGAAUAAAAACCGUAGGAAGAGGAAUUGGAACGGAGUCAAAAAUAUUGGUAAAAGAGUAGGUCAGUUCGUUGGUAUUAUACCUAAAGACCCUGAACCAGAAGAACAAGCUCCUGUUAUACAACAGCCUGAACCUGCACCACAGUCUAGUUGGCAACCAAAUCCAACACCUCAACCGUAUUAA